AUGCCUCCAGUUCUUCACUGCGUCCGCCAUGCUCAGGGCUUUCAUAACCUCUGCAUUGAAAACCAUGUCCUGCAAGACCCGUUGCUUACCCCGUUCGGCGAAGAGCAAUGCCGUACGCUCCGGGCGAACUUCCCAUACCAUGCAGACGUUGAAUUGAUAGUCGCCUCGCCGCUUCGACGAACAAUCUACACUGCACUGCAUUCAUUUGCAAAUAUAAUCCAAGAAAAGCAACUCACAAUUAUUGCGUUGCCGGAGAUCCAGGAAACAAGUGACGUUCCUUGUGAUACCGGAAGCGACCUUUCUGAUCUAAAGAAGGAGGUCGAAGAAAAGGGGUUGCCAGUUGAUCUAUCUUUGGUCCCAGAAGACUGGAAUGAUAAGACAACAGAGAAAUGGUCAGCGAAUGCUAAGUCCGUUACAGCGCGUGCUCGUCAAGCUAGACAAUGGCUGAAGGCGCGGCCCGAGAAGCACAUUGCCGUCGUUUCUCACGGAGGCGUCCUCCACUAUUUCAGCGAAGAUUGGCAAGACAGUACUCUCUACCAAGUCACGAAAAAGCCACCAAGCCCGAAUAAAUAUGCUAACGGUCGUCCGUCGCCCAAAUGGCCAGGCACCGGCUGGGCCAACACGGAGUUCCGCACGUUUCACUUUACCGAUUCUGCUGACACCGAUGACUUGUAUGGCAUCAAGAUUGACGGUGACAACGCGAGUAUUCGAGAGUCAGUUGAUUCAAGGAAGAGAAGAGGGAAAACAGUAGCUGAGCCGCCAUCUCGUGAAAUGCAAAAGCAGUUCUUCCACCAGGCUAUGACUGGGUGGGAGACUCAGACAGCAGAGGCUUUGGCAGCGAGUCAAGGCACAGAUGAGGAGAAGGAUAGAGCCAUGGAAGUUAUGCAGAAGCAGCCUAUCGCUGCCGCUGAAUAG